AUGCGGGUAAUAAAGGAGGUGCUGGGAUUACCAGAAGACAGUCCUACAGUGCGGACUCUUGCACCAGCAGCCACCAUUCUACAGACUGCCCUGUCCCAUCAGGAUGUGCCCCUGAGAAGUUGUCAGCGACGCAACCUGGCACCUGAAGUUUCAUACAGAGGAGAUUUGCCAAACCAGCGACUGGGUCAGAGGAUGGAGAACUCGAGCAGUCGGCUGAUGGAAUCCACUCUAAGGUGGCAUGAACAGACCAGAGAGCAAGGUGUGUUGGAUCACUCCAGGAGGCAGUUAUCCCCAGAAAGGCGUACAUGGAGUCUGGACCAUACUGUGCGGGUAAGUGCAGUGAAUGCUACCCUUUGCUAUUCUAUGCAAGAAAUAUCUGAGGAACAGCUGAGUUAUAGCAUUCCUUUACAAAGGACUAACCAGUCAGCUAAGGUGCCUGUGGUGGGAGGGCUCGAUACCCCACACACAGAGGACAAGACCCAGAGGGAGGAUCUGCUUGAUAUAACUACAGACCAAGCAGAGGUGCUGCUACCCAGCUUUCCCUUUUCAGAGGUGGAAAAUGAAGAAAUGGUGAAUGAAUGCCAGUUCCAAGAAGAUGUUGGUGUCAAGGGCACCAAGGAGCUGAUAAGGGCCGAGGACUCACCGCUGCAGAUGUUCACUGCUGCCAGUAGCACAUCAUACAAAUCAGCUCUUGUUACACAUCUGAGAAGACACACAGGUGAGAAGCCAUUUUCGUGCUCUGAGUGCGGGAAAUGUUUUACCCGGAAAUCACAACUUGUUACACAUCAGAGAAGUCACACAGGUGAGAAUCUAUUUCCAUGUUCUGAGUGUGGGAAAUGUUUUGUAUGGAAAUCACAACUUGUUAUACAUCAGCGAAGUCACACAGGUGAGAAGCCAUUUCUAUGUCCUGAGUGUGGGAAAUGUUUUGCACAGAAAUCAGAUCUUGUUAGUCAUAACCGAAGUCACACAGGUGAGAAGCCAAUUUCUUGCUCUGAGUGUGGGAAAUGUUUUACCCGGCAAUCACAACUUGUUAGACAUCAGCGAAGUCACACAGGUGAGAGGCCAUUUCCAUGUCCUGAGUGUGGGAAAUGUUUUGCACGGAAAUCACAACUUGUUAUACAUCAGAGAAGUCACACAGGUGAGAAGCCAUUUCCAUGUUCUGAGUGUUGGAAAUGUUUUGCACACAAAUCAGAUCUUGUUUUUCAUCAGAGAAAUCACACAGGUGAGAAGCCAUUUUCUUGCUCUGAGUGCGCAAAAUGUUAUACUCAGAAAUCACAACUUGUUAGACAUCAGAGAAGUCACACAGGUGAGAAUCCAAUUACUUGCUCUGAGUGUGGGAAAUGUUUUACACGGAAAUCACAACUUGUUAAACAUCAGCGAAGUCACACAGAUGAGAAGCCAUUUCCAUGUUCUGAGUGUGGGAAAUGUUUUGCACAUAAAUCAUAUCUUAUUAAACAUCAGAGAAGUCACACAGGUGAGAAGCCAUUUUCUUGCUCUGAGUGUGGGAAAUGUUUUACACAAAAAUCACAUCUUGUUAGACAUCAGCGAAGUCACACAGGUGAGAAUCCAUUUCCAUGCUUUGAGUGUGGGAAAGGUUUUGCAGACAAAUCAGCUCUUGUUAUACAUCACAGAAAUCACACAGGUGAGAAGCCAUUUCCAUGUGCUGAGUGUGGGAAAUGUUUUGCACAGAAAUCAGAUCUUGUUAGUCAUAACCGAAGUCACACAGGUGAGAAGCCAAUUUCUUGCUCUGAGUGUGGGAAAUGUUUUACCCGGCAAUCACAACUUGUUAGACAUCAGCGAAGUCACACAGGUGAGAGGCCAUUUCCAUGUCCUGAGUGUGGGAAAUGUUUUGCACGGAAAUCACAACUUGUUAUACAUCAGAGAAGUCACACAGGUGAGAAGCCAUUUCCAUGUUCUGAGUGUUGGAAAUGUUUUGCACACAAAUCAGAUCUUGUUUUUCAUCAGAGAAAUCACACAGGUGAGAAGCCAUUUUCUUGCUCUGAGUGCGCAAAAUGUUAUACUCAGAAAUCACAACUUGUUAGACAUCAGAGAAGUCACACAGGUGAGAAUCCAAUUACUUGCUCUGAGUGUGGGAAAUGUUUUACACGGAAAUCACAACUUGUUAAACAUCAGCGAAGUCACACAGAUGAGAAGCCAUUUCCAUGUUCUGAGUGUGGGAAAUGUUUUGCACAUAAAUCAUAUCUUAUUAAACAUCAGAGACGUCACACAGGUGAGAAGCCAUUUUCUUGCUCUGAGUGUGGGAAAUGUUUUACACAAAAAUCACAUCUUGUUAGACAUCAGCGAAGUCACACAGGUGAGAAUCCAUUUCUAUGCUUUGAGUGUGGGAAAGGUUUUGCAGACAAAUCAGCUCUUGUUAUACAUCACAGAAAUCACACAGGUGAGAAGCCAUUUCCAUGUGCUGAGUGUGGGAAAUGUUUUGCACAGAAAUCAGAUCUUGUUAGUCAUAACCGAAGUCACACAGGUGAGAAGCCAAUUUCUUGCUCUGAGUGUGGGAAAUGUUUUACCCGGCAAUCACAACUUGUUAGACAUCAGCGAAGUCACACAGGUGAGAGGCCAUUUCCAUGUCCUGAGUGUGGGAAAUGUUUUGCACGGAAAUCACAACUUGUUAUACAUCAGAGAAGUCACACAGGUGAGAAGCCAUUUCCAUGCUUUGAGUGUGGGAAAGGUUUUGCAGACAAAUCAGCUCUUGUUAUACAUCACAGAAAUCACACAGGUGAGAAGCCAUUUCCAUGUGCUGAGUGUGGGAAAUGUUUUACACAGAAAUCACAACUUGUUACACACCAGAGAAGACACACAGGUGAGAAGCCAUUUUAAUCUUCUGGAGUAUACUUAUCAUUGCCAUGCGAUGUUCUUCAAGGUUCUUAUCCUACCUCCUGUGCUUUUUUCAAUAUACAUGCUACCACUGGGUAUAAUAAUCAGAUGUCAUGCCAUCAUCUACCACUGCUAUGCAGAUCUGUCUUUUGCUCCGCGUACUGAAAACCCAGUACCAAUCCUAAAUGUCUAGCUGAGCUCCAGGUGUGGGUGAUGCCAGUUGGCUGUGACUCAGUCCUGGUGAAACAGGUUCUUAUGGUAGAAGCUCACCAUCAA